AUGAAUGCGCGAGGACAAGGAAGUGGCCUCCCUCUCCCGGGCCUGCAGCAGACGAAGUGCCUGCGCCUGGACCCAGCCGCGCCAGUGUGGGCCGCCAAGCAGCGCGUGCUCUGCGCCCUCAACCACAGCCUCCAGGAUGCCCUCAACUACGGGCUCUUUCAGCCGCCCUCCCGGGGCCGCGCCGGCAAGUUCCUGGACGAGGAGCGGCUUCUGCAGGAAUACCCGCCCAACCUGGACACGCCCCUGCCCUACCUGGAGUUUCGAUACAAGAGGCGAGUUUAUGCCCAGAACCUCAUCGAUGAUAAGCAGUUUGCAAAGCUUCACACGAAGGCAAACCUGAAGAAGUUCAUGGACUACAUCCAGCUACACAGCACGGACAAGGUGGCCCGCCUGCUGGACAAGGGGCUGGACCCCAAUUUCCAUGAUCCUGACUCGGGAGAGUGUCCUCUGAGCCUCGCGGCCCAGCUAGACAAUGCCACGGACCUACUAAAGGUGCUGAGGAAUGGUGGUGCUCACCUGGACUUCCGCACUCGUGAUGGGCUCACUGCUGUGCACUGUGCCACACGCCAGCGGAACGCGGCGGCUUUGACGACCCUGCUGGACCUGGGCGCUUCACCGGACUACAAGGACAGCCGCGGCCUGACGCCCCUGUACCACAGCGCCCUGGGUGGGGGAGACGCCCUCUGCUGUGAACUGCUCCUGCACGACCAUGCUCAGCUGGGGACCACAGACGAGAAUGGCUGGCAGGAGGUCCACCAGGCCUGCCGCUUUGGGCACGUGCAGCACCUGGAGCACCUACUCUUCUAUGGAGCUGACAUGGGAGCUCAGAACGCCUCAGGGAACACAGCCCUGCACAUCUGUGCCCUCUACAACCAGGAGAGCUGUGCUCGUGUCCUGCUUUUCCGUGGAGCCAACAAGGAUGUCCGCAAUUACAACAGCCAGACAGCCUUCCAGGUGGCCAUCAUAGCAGGGAACUUUGAGCUGGCAGAAGUCAUCAAGACCCACAGAGACUCGGACGUUGUACCAUUCAGGGAAACCCCCAGCUACGCGAAGCGGCGGCGGCUGGCUGGCCCUAGCGGCCUGGCCUCUCCUCGGCCCCUGCAGCGCUCAGCCAGUGACAUCAACCUGAAGGGUGAGGUACAGCCAGCAGCUUCUCCAGGACCUUCACUGCGAAGCCUUCCCCACCAGCUGCUGCUCCAGCGGCUGCAGGAGGAGAAAGACCGGGACCGGGAUGGUGACCAAGAAAAUGAUGUUGGUGGCCCUGCAGCAGUCAGUGGCAGCCAGAGCAAGAUCAGGUGUGCUGGUGCUGGUGGUGGUGGCGGGAGAAGUGGGCUCUGGCUGCCCUGGUCUACCCUGACAGCCUGUCUGGCUUUUGUCCCUCCAGUGCUCAGCAUUGGGGAGGGCGGUUUUUGGGAGGGAACCGUGAAAGGCCGCACAGGCUGGUUCCCGGCUGACUGCGUGGAGGAGGUGCAGAUGAGACAGUAUGACACACGGCACGAAACCCGGGAGGACCGGACGAAGCGACUUUUCCGCCACUACACCGUGGGCUCCUAUGACAGCCUCACUGCACAUAGCGAUUAUGUCAUUGAUGACAAGGUGGCUGUUCUGCAGAAACGGGACCAUGAGGGCUUUGGUUUCGUGCUCCGAGGGGCCAAAGCAGAGACCCCUAUCGAGGAGUUCACGCCCACGCCAGCCUUCCCCGCGCUGCAGUAUCUGGAGUCGGUGGAUGUGGAGGGCGUGGCCUGGAGGGCUGGGCUGCGCACUGGAGACUUCCUUAUCGAGGUGAAUGGGGUGAAUGUGGUGAAGGUUGGACACAAGCAGGUGGUGGCUCUGAUCCGCCAGGGCGGGAACCGCCUCGUCAUGAAGGUGGUGUCAGUGACAAGGAAGCCAGAAGAAGAUGGGGCUCGGCGCAGAGCCCCGCCGCCCCCCAAGAGGGCCCCCAGCACCACGCUGACCCUGCGCUCCAAGUCCAUGACGGCAGAGCUCGAGGAGCUUGCCUCAAUUCGGAGAAGGAAAGGGGAGAAGUUGGACGAGAUCCUGGCGGCGGCCACGGAGCCAACGCUGAGGCCAGACAUCGCGGACGCUGACUCAAGAGCUGCCACUGUCAAGCAACGGCCCACUAGUCGGAGGAUCACCCCCGCGGAGAUCAGCUCAUUGUUUGAGCGCCAGGGCCUCCCAGGCCCAGAGAAGCUGCCAGGCUCCCUGCGGAAGGGGAUUCCACGGACCAAGUCUGUAGGAGAGGAUGAGAAGCUGGCAUCCCUGCUGGAGGGGCGCUUCCCGAGGAGUACGUCGAUGCAGGAUACGGUCCGCGAGGGCCGCGGCAUCCCGCCGCCGCCCCAGACCGCGCCGCCGCCCCCGCCCACUCCCUACUACUUCGACUCCGGGCCGCCUCCCGCCUUCUCACCACCGCCUCCGCCUGAGCGGCGGCGCUCCACCGUGUUCCUGUCCGUGGGAGCCAUUGAGGGUAGCCCUCCUAGCGCGGACCUGCCCUCCCUGCAGCCGUCCCGCUCCAUCGACGAGCGCCUUCUGGGGCCCGGCGCCGCCACCACCACCACUGGCCGCGACCUGCUGCUGCCCUCCCCUGUCUCUGCUCUGAAGCCAUUGGUCAGUGGCCCGAGCCUUGGGCCUUCGGGCUCCACCUUCAUCCACCCACUCACUGGUAAACCCUUGGAUCCCAGCUCACCCCUGGCCCUUGCCCUGGCUGCCCGCGAGCGGGCUCUGGCCUCCCAGGCACCCUCCCGGUCCCCAACACCUGUGCACAGCCCUGACGCUGACCGCCCUGGGCCCUUGUUCGUGGAUGUGCAGGCCCGUGACUCUGAGCGAGGGCCUCUGGCCUCCCCAGCCUUCUCCCCGAGGAGCCCAGCCUGGGUUCCUGUGCCCGCUCGCAGGGAGCCGGAGAAAGCUCCCCGGGAGGAGCGGAAGUCACCAGAGGACAAGAAGUCCAUGAUCCUCAGCGUCCUGGACACGUCCCUGCAGCGGCCAGCCGGCCUCAUUGUCGUGCAUGCCACCAGCAAUGGGCAGGAGCCCAGCGGGCUGGGGGCCGAAGAGGAGCGCCCAGGCACCCCAGAGCUGGCCCCAGCCCCCACGCAGUCAGCAGUGGUGGCAGAGCCUCUGCCUAGUCCCCGGGCCCAGCCCCCUGGCAGCACCCCGUCUGAUCCCGGGCCAGGCCAGGGCAGCUCAGAGGAGGAGCCAGAGCUGGUAUUCGCUGUGAAUCUUCCGCCGGCCCAGCUGUCCUCCAGUGAUGAGGAGACCAGAGAAGAGCUGGCCCGCAUUGGACUUGUGCCACCCCCUGAAGAGUUUGCCAAUGGGGUCCUGCUGGCCACCCCACUCCCCGGCCCAGGUCCCUCGCCCACCACGAUGCCAGGCCCGGCCUCAGGGAAGCCCAGCAGCGAGCCGCCCCCUGCCCCGGAGUCUGCAGCAGACUCGGGGGUGGAGGAGGCUGACACUCGCAGCUCCAGCGACCCCCACCUGGAGACCACGAGCACUAUCUCCACGGUGUCCAGCAUGUCUACCCUAAGCUCGGAGAGCGGGGAACUCACCGACACCCACACCUCCUUCGCCGACGGACAUACUUUUCUACUCGAGAAGCCACCAGUGCCUCCCAAGCCCAAGCUCAAGUCCCCGCUGGGGAAGGGGCCGGUGACCUUCAGGGACCCGCUGCUGAAGCAGUCCUCCGACAGUGAGCUCAUGGCCCAGCAGCACCAUGCCGCCUCUGCUGGGUUGGCCUCUGCUGCCGGGCCUGCUCGCCCUCGCUACCUCUUCCAGAGAAGGUCCAAGCUGUGGGGGGACCCUGUGGAGAGCCGGGGGCUCCCUGGGACCGAAGACGACAAACCAACUGUGAUCAGUGAGCUCAGCUCCCGCCUGCAGCAGCUGAACAAAGAUACCCGCUCCCUGGGGGAGGAGCCAGUUGGCGGCCUGGGCGGCCUGCUGGACCCUGCCAAGAAGUCGCCCAUCGCGGCAGCUCGCUGCGCGGUGGUCCCGAGCGCCGGCUGUGUAAGUGAGCAUGCCCAUCCCAUGCCUCUCACUGUCCAUGUGCUGCACCUGCCCGCCUGGAUCUCUGCUCUGCCUGGCUUCGUGGGGCUUUGGCGCCACUGGCUCUUCAGCAGCCUCGAUCUGCCGGCGCUCACCAAGGACGACUUCGUGGAGCUGGGCGUCACGCGCGUGGGCCACCGCAUGAACAUCGAGCGCGCGCUCAGGCAGCUGGACGGCAGCUGACGCCCCACCCUCACCCACUUCCCGGCCGCGCCCUGCGGGCAGGGCCCCCCACUUCUACCCCCGGGCCGCGGGCUCGGCUCGCCCCCUACCUACCCCAACGGCGCCCGGGCCAGGAAUGUUGCAUGAAUCGUCCUGUUUGCUGUUGCUCGGAGACUUGCCCUGUACAUUGCUUAGUGCCCUCCUAGGCCGGCGAGCCCCACCCAGCACUCGGUCAGGAAGGGCGUGGGCCAGGGAGGCUGGAGCGGGAGGGGGUUGGGGGCAGGGUGCUCCGGCCUGAUCAUCUCCCGCACAGCUCCUGGUGGCUACUUUCCCAGAGGGGGGAACCUAGUCCAGCAUGCGAGGUCAGGAUACACCUUGGUGACUCGGGGGGAGGGGGGAGACAUUGGGGGUUCUCGGUUAGGGGCCAAGGAGCCCCUCUGUUUUGCAUAUUUUAAUCCACUCUAUAUUUGGAACGAGAAAAGGAACAAAUAUCUCUGUCCUUAAUAGCUUCCCUUUCCCUCCCCUCCAGCCCCCACUGGUUCCGCUGCGGCUGCCCAGUCUUCCAUCUCUGGCCCCUCAACUGCCACUGCCACCCCACGUGGGGCGGGGGACGCUCCAGCUGGUCUGGGGUUGGCCAGGGUCCUAGUAACCCGCCCUGGGGCCCCAGCUGGGCACCCUCCCCUCGCUGAGGUACAGCGUGCCCCACCGACCCUUCAGGUGCUGCACGGAGGAGGGGCGGCGGGCAGCCAGUCCUGUUGGGCCCUAGCAAGGUCAGCUGGCCUGGGAGACCAUUGCCCUGGGCUGUGGGGGGUGGGGUGGGGGGGGCAGGACCCUAGCACCCGCCUCCAGCUAUCUCCCUCACAGGGUCCCUCCCCAGAAGGUGUCUCGCCUCCUCCCCACUCUGUUGGGCAACUACAGCAGAGGGGCCUCCCCGUCUCAGACCCUGAAGUCUCCAGUUCCACCCUGCGUGUGUGCGCACAUGUGCGAGUGUGUGAAACUCGGGGUGCGACUGAGUGUGUCGGAGCCCCGUGUGUGCCUGACUAGAGAGUGGUCCCAAGGGGCCGCUCUGGACUAGUGUAGGGGCUUCAGAAGCGUGCACAGGGUGCGUGCAUGGGUGUGUGCCUGUGAAAGCGCCCCGUUUCCACUUCCAAAGAAAGUCAGAGGUCGUCUCGUACUCUGGGACCUGCUGUUUGCCCAGCCUGUCCUUCCGGAGCCUCGCCUAACCUGAGCAGGCCUUCUUGGUGAAGCCCUGCUGCUUGGGGAGGCCACCAAGGGCCCUUGGAGGUAGUGCCCCCCCAUCGGGCUUCUGAGGGGAUCAUAGGGGCCCCCUAGAGUCAGGCCACCGCAAGCCCUGGGGGAGAGGCAAAGACCCCAGAGGGCACCCUAGCCCCCUUUACUGUGACUCCUCACACUCAGCAAUGACCUGUGGGGUAGGGGGCCCUGGGACGUUUUUAAACCUAGGUUUUGGAGUCUGGACUAAGCUCCAUCCACAUCACUCACAAGUUUCUGUUUAUAUUUCUAGCUUUUUUUAAUAAAAAGAAAAAAAAUCCAGAAAACAGAAGUUUUCACAGCCCAGGGGCCUGGCACACCGGUCUGUGCCCACCUGCCCCACCCCAGCCCACCGGCCCCAUUCCCUGGGCAGAGUCACACCCAGUAACCCUUCCACCAACAGACCAGGUCACACACAGCAGCAGUCAC